GAAUCGUCAGGUUAUCGUUGAUUGAAUGAUGGAAAAAUCAAUACUUUGCAAAAGCAAAACGUCAAAAAAAUAGAGCAGUGGAUUUGUUUGUUAUUGUUUUGUACGUGUGGAGUGGAGUGGUUAAAUUCUAUUUUAACAUCAUACUUUUGUUUAUACAUAAGUUCUUACUAGUUAGUAAGUAUACUCGAUAGUUAUAUUUCUGUCUGUGCUUGCGUUGCGAAUAACUUUGCGGCACAAUGGACGAAGAAGCUGCGCGAGAGUACAUCGCGUAUGCGGCGCAGUUGUCUUCAAGUGGAAACUACAGCAAGGCCUUUGAUCUGUAUAUUCUAGCUUUCGAGAAAAAUCCGGAAUUGAAAGCGCUUUUUGAGCCCGAGUUUCGGGCAGCCAUCAAUAAGCUAAACGAACACCUUAUCAGUGCAGGUAAGAUCCAAGAGAUAUUCGUAAACUACGGUAAGGCUAUUAAAAUAUUUCCAGACAAUGUUCACUUCAUAAAUGACACUGGUUCAUACCUCUACAAGUACGGAUAUUAUUGUGAAGCCUGGUGCCAUUUCCAAAAGGCCUUAAAACUGGAUUCCGGUUAUGUAAAGGCAGAGAAAAACUUGAACUCAAUAAAGAAUCUCUUACUUGAACGCUGGCAUUAUCGCAUGUUGAAUGAUAAGAUUCGAAAUGAAUCUUAUCAUGAUGCCAUUAGAGAAACACUAAUUCCAUACAAAGACACUGUUCUCGAUCUUGGAGCAGGUACCGGGCUCUUGUCUCUUUACUGCAUGGAGUGCCAUCCCAUAGCAGUGACGGCCUGUGAUAACUCUGAGCAAAUGACUACUAUGGCUGAAUGCAUCAUGGAGGACAACAACUGGAUGGAGGUCAUUAUUGUCAAUAACAUGUCCACAUCUAUGGAUUUUAGGGACAUUGGGGGCAAGAGGUCACUUCUGACCACAGAGUUGUUUGAUGCAGGUCUUUUUGGCGAGCAUGCUUUAGAAUCUCUCGCACAUGCUCAUGAACAGUUACUCUCAAAUGUUGGCCGAAUUAUACCAAACAAAGCUGAAUUUUUCAUUAUUGGUGCAAAAUGUGACCACCUGGCCAAUAAAUACCAUCUUAAUUCUGCUGCCAAAACUUUUCUGAAUAUUACAACACAAAAUGUACAUGUUCUAACAGAAAAUGAGACAUAUGACUGUGAGGAUGUCUAUCAGUUCAGUGGUCUAAAAUACAUGACACAGCCCCAGUCUUUGCUCAAAAUUGAUUUCAACAAUUACAAUGAUAUUCAAGAAAAGCUGAACAAUACUGAACCUUAUGAUCUUGAAUUAAAAGCCACAGAAAACGGUGAAAUUAACACCAUUAUAGGGUGGUUCAAUCUGUACUUGACAGACAAUGUUACAGUUACCACAGAUCCAAGAUCUGAUCGAAGAGCUAAUGCUUGGCAACAAGCUGUUUUUUAUGACUUUGUGCCACAGACUGUUACUGAGUCUCAAACUGUUGCUAUGGAUUUUUUAUUAGAAAGUAGCAAACUGUCCAUAGUGCCAAGUUACAACAGUAAUAUAGUAAGAAUCUCACCAGAAACAAUAAGGUUUCUAAAUGAUUCUGAGUACACAAAAAUGAUUACAAGGUGUUUGGGCAUGGCUUCUGUGUAUUUGGGACAGAUGGCUGAAAUGUCGCAAAUCAGCAUUGUCGACCUUUGUCCAUUCCCCUUAUUCGGCUUGCUGAUGCUGAAGCGAGGAGCAAAGUCCCUGACGUGCUGCGCUAAAACCGAUGAUGAUAAGAAAUUCUUCAAGAAUGUCUUUACAGCCAACAAUAUAGAUUUGUGUAAAGUGAACGUCUUUGUUGGCCAAGAGUGGAGCCAAGAUGCGUUCUUAGAUGAAAAGUACCAUGCCAUAUUUUGCAACGUGUUUGAAGUGUGUGGCGACGUAGAUUUGCGUAUGUACCAAAUUGCUCAGCAUUUGAAGAAUGCUCACCUCCUGCCGGGAGGCCUUUUUAUGCCCUCCAGUGUCAGCCUAGUGGCACAGGUGGUUACCAGCCACUGGCUUGACAUAAACAACAGGGUCUACGACACGAAUGUCAGCAACUACAAGAUCGGAAGUUAUAUUAACAAAUACCAGGUGUCGCAGAAUUUCUGCAUCGACUUCACUUGUCUCGAGUACACCGCCCUGACUGAGCCAGUGGUCCUCGGGAAAUAUGGACACGUUAACUCUGGCGUGGUGAACGUGCCGGUGAUUAAAGACGGCGAUGCGAACGCGAUCCUCUGCUGGUACAACAUCGAAUUGAUGGAAGACCUGGGCGAAAUAUCUACGAACAGGGGAGACAGUUUUAUAGAUGGAAUAGUAUUCCUGGCCAACCCCCCAAUUCACAUGUCUCGCGGAGGACUUGCAAACGUUUUACGAUGCAUCGACAUUGACGGAGCUUUCAAAUUGAUGAUUGAUAGCGAAACUCCAAAUACGUCGUAAUUUUCUAAUGUUAAUGUUGUAUUUUUACAAAUCUCGAUGUUUUGACUAAUACUUACUAUACUCGCGAGUGUUGGCUCAGGCGUUUUGCUAGAAAACAGCAAAACUGGGAAGUUAUUGAUGUGAUGUUGUAAUUAACAGUAUUAUUAUACACACGUUCACUUUUUACUCAUAGCUGUAACUUAAAUAUACACCUCUUUUAUCUAAAAAUCAUAAGCAGACUUAAUUAGGAAUUCACAAAAGCAGAAAGUAGAGUCAUCAAGUACCUACUUACUUCCCCUGAAGUAUUUUUUAAAAUAAUUUCUCUUUUUCUAUUUUGUUACUCGUUUUCAAAAAGUUCCACCUACUAAAACAAUAGCAGUAACGGUUGUCGCAUAUCCUCUAACUAGAGUCUAAAGACAAGGAUAACAAGGAUAUCGUCAAUAUACUCAUGUUCCUCUCUAAAAGUGCACAUAAAAAGGUCUUAGCCUCCCCAUCAUUUACUGGAGGGAUAUAAAUGAACACUCCACAACAUAUAGACUGUCUCGUUUAUUCGUGGGUAGAGAGAACUAACUAGCAAGCCUGUAGGCAUUCAUUCAGUUUUGAAUUACUUACGCCAAUAGAUCGCAUCGUGAAAUGUCUUAGCCAUUCACAAGCGUACUUCUAUCGUCUCAAAGAUUGAUAGUUCUCGUUUAUUUGUAAGUAGAAAAUAAUUAUUUAUAUCGAAAAUGAGUCUUAAUGACGGAGCUUAUUUUCUUUAGAUAAUGAAAGUCGGUUGAUUUCAAACAGGGUGCUAAAAAGCUUUGAUGAUGUUUAGAGGUAAAUGGGAAGGGAAACAUUUUUGUUUCUCAUAUAGUAGUUCGCCUAUUUGGGAUUAUAAGGGAACUUGGCACGAGGCUGUGAAAAGAUUACAAAAAGCUCAAGAUUUAUAAAAAAGGCGUUUUUUGACGAUGUACUCCUAUUUUCUGAUCUUGAUAGUUUGAUAUUGUGCAUGAGAGUACUUCUCAUAUUUUAUUGUUUCUACAAAACGUACUUUUCUAUGUAAUUGAAAAUAAGUAGAUUUUUAAAAUAAAUGUUUACUAUUCCGUGUUUUAAAUGUUCUAAGCAGGAUCUGUGUAUUAGACUUAUAUGUGUCUGUGUAUUUGAGAAUCUAAAUGUAUUUAAAAUAAGAGGAUAAAAUAUCAACGAUUAUUAGAGUAUGCUCACGAAAGUUACAUGUCACAAAUAUUUUAACUGGUAUGCAGUUUUGAAAUCCUAUCCAAGCGCGCGCGUAACUUCUUUUGUGUUGCCAAUAAAAAUAUUUAUAAUUCAAAAUUCCUACAAAUGGUCUAUAACUGGUUGAAUACCUCUUAUUUUAAAUGCUGUAAUAUGAAAUCUGAACCUAAAAUACCAAAUAAACUACAUGUUCUCUGUC